GGAGAGCACACCGUGUUUCAAGCCCUCCCCUCCCAGCGCAGUGGGCUUUAUGACUAGCGGACAUUGCGCAGACGCAGUGGGGAGAACAUUAGAUCCAGUUCAGAGGCAGCAGGGCGUUUGUUUCUCAGCGAUACGUGCUGGUGGAGAGCAGGGGAGGAGUUGAACCUCCACUGAACAUGGAAGGAGAGCUAAACUGGAUGUUGCAUGUCUAAAUAACUGCUUUCUAAAGGAAACAUCUGGCACGGUUGUACCUGCUGGUGGGAGAAGAAGGAAGGACUGCAAUCCGAUAGCAACAAACUGGGACACGAUCUGCCCCUCCGCCCCGCUGCGAGGAGGACGUUUCUCUCCGCAGCCCGUGAAGCGUCUGCAUUUUGAAGCCCCCCCCCCCCCGACACUUGUUAUUGUUAUUGCAAUCGGAGCAUCCGGCUACAGCAGAACCACGAGCAGUCGAUAUUUCAUAACCUCUUAAUGGCCCUUGGUGUUUCAUCUGAUUGAGCCUUGAAGCCAUUACCAAUUUAUAUCAGAUUGACAUCCGCUCUGCUGCAGCACCUUUAAGCCAAGCGGACACAUCCUGACAUCUUAUUGUAGCGCCACACACACACACACACACACACAUCCAACGCAGCGUGACCUCAGGAUGCAGGAGCACCUUUAUGCGACGGGCAUGGCCGCCAAGCUGAGGAGCCAGUGGGACCGCGACGAAGGCCUGGGACAGAAUCACAAGGCGGUGAAGUUCCAGGGUCAGGACUUCGAGAGCCUGAAGGCCGAGAGCGUCCAGGGCCGGCGGCUGUUCGAGGACCACUUGUUCCCUUGCUCCGCGUCGUCUCUGGGAUUCAAAGAGCUCGGCCGGGGGACCGCCAAGACCGCCGGAGUCCGCUGGAUGAGGCCCCCGGAGUUCUGCAAGCGCCCAGAGUUCAUCGUGGACGGAGCGAGUCGCACAGACAUCUGUCAGGGGUCUCUGGGGGACUGCUGGCUGCUGGCAGCCAUCGCCUCGCUGACCUUGAACGACAACCUCCUGCGCCGUGUGGUUCCUCACGGUCAGGGCUACCAGCAGGGCUACGCCGGCAUCUUCCACUUCCAGUUCUGGCAGUUCGGCGAGUGGGUGGAGGUGGUGAUCGACGACCGGCUGCCGGUGAAGGACGGGAAGCUGCUGUUCGUCCACUCGGCCGAGGGCACCGAGUUCUGGAGCGCGCUGCUGGAAAAGGCCUACGCCAAGCUGAGCGGCUGUUACGAGGCUCUGUCGGGCGGCAGCACGUCCGAGGGCUUCGAGGACUUCACCGGCGGCGUGACGGAGAUGUUCGAGCUGAAGAAAGCCCCCGCCGACCUCUACAGCAUCAUCAGCAGGGCCAUCGAGAGAGGCUCCCUGCUGGGCUGCUCCAUCGACAUCACCAGCACGUCGGACAUGGAGGCCGUCACCUUCAAGAAGCUGGUGAAGGGACACGCCUACUCUGUGACCGGCGUGGACGAGGUGGUGUACAGAGGGAACAUGACCAAGCUGGUUCGCAUCAGGAACCCGUGGGGGGAGGUGGAGUGGACCGGCGCCUGGAGCGACAACUCCAGAGAGUGGGAGAAUGUGGAUCGCUCCGUCAGAGGCCGCCUACAGAACCGCAGCGAGGACGGUGAAUUCUGGAUGUCGUACAGCGACUUCCUUCGCGAGUUCACUCGCCUGGAACUCUGCAACCUGACGGCCGACGCCCUGCAGGACAACCAGCUGAAGAAGUGGAGCUCCUCGCUCUACCAGGGCGAGUGGAGGAGGGGCAGCACGGCCGGAGGCUGCAGGAACUUCCCAGCCACCUUCUGGCUGAACCCUCAGUUCAAGAUCGUGCUGCAGCACCCGGACACGCCCGGAGGCUCCGACUGCAGCUUCCUGGUGGGCCUCAUGCAGAAGGACCGCCGCAGGAAACGGCAGGAGGGCCAAGACAUGGAGACCAUCGGGUUCGCCCUCUACGAGGUUCCAAAUGAGUUCAUGGGCAGGUCGGGCAUCCACCUGAAGAGAGACUUCUUCCUCACACACGGCUCCAGCGCCCGCUCCGAGCUCUUCAUCAACCUGAGGGAGGUCAGCUCGCGGCUGAAGCUGCCGGCCGGCGAGUACAUCAUCGUGCCCUCCACCUUCGAGCCGCACAAAGAGGCCGACUUCUGCCUCCGGGUGUUCUCUGAGAAGCCCUCCGGCAUCGAGGAGCUCGACGAUGCCGUCACCGCGGAGCUCCCGACAGAGGUCGAGCUGGACGAGAGCCAGAUCGACGCCUCCUUCAAGAACCUCUUCAGACAGCUGGCAGGGCCGGACAUGGAGAUCAGCCUCACCGAGCUGCAGACCAUUUUGAACCGGAUCAUCAGCAAACAUAAAGACCUGAAGACAGACGGCUUCACGAAAGAAGCUUGCCGCAGUAUGAUAAGCCUCAUGGACACGGACGGCAGCGGAAAGUUGGGCCUCACGGAGUUCCACGUCCUCUGGGAAAAGAUCAAGCGCUACCUGACCAUCUUCAGGCAGUUCGACCUGGACAAAUCGGGCACCAUGAGCUCCUACGAGAUGAGGAUGGCUCUGGACUCGGCAGGCUUCAAGCUCACCAACCAGCUGUUCCAGCUGAUCAUCCUGCGCUACACCGAGGCCGACAUGUCCGUCGACUUCGACAACUUCGUCACCUGUCUGGUCCGGCUGGAGACCAUGUUCAAAACCUUCAACACCAUGGACACGGAUAAAGACGGUUUCAUGUCCCUCAACUUCCAUCAGUGGAUCACACUGACCAUGUUCGCCUAGAGGAGCCGAGCGGACCCCUCUGCUCCGCCCCCCCGAAGUGCCUUCUUCCUCCGCCGGUUCCUCCUCUCGCUGCUGAGGUCCUCUGAUGCUACGAGACUGUACAUUUUCGUCUACACGGUGCCUGCAUUGUAAACACGUGCCGGUUCUUUGUGGGUCGUUUUGUUUUGGACGCUCACACCUCUGACCGUUUUUUAAAGUGUUUUUAGCUGUAUACACACAUAGCAGCGAUACCCUGGGGACAGUAAUCUACUUAUUUGGUCAAUCCCAGUCGGUUGGAAAGUCAAAAAUAUUUGUAGUCAGCAAAGAAAAAAAUAAGAAUAAGAAAGCAUUCUGCCAUAUAAUUUUAUAAAAGUAGUGUGUAUCCGCCUGGUUGUAGAAGACCAAAACAUAGUGUAAUAAGGAAUUAGAUGAAUGGAUUCAGAAUCCAAAUACAUUAUUAUAAACACGUGAAACACAUUUAGGAACUGAGGGGGAAAGUUUGUUUCCGUUGCGCUUCCUGAGCCGAGGCCACGGGCCUGAAAAGGAUGCUUAGGUUUCUUCAUAUGAGAAAAGCCAAGCUAAAGUUGAGUCCAAAAAAAAAGCCGCGUAUUUAACUUCUAAAUAAAUGUUUAUGACGAGGAGAACCUCGGUGGUCGAUGGCGAGACUGGGAAAGACUCUUUCUAGAGCCAGCGUUCUGGUUUUGUCCGCUCGGGGGUUCCCGUAGCAACGUGGAGGCCCCCGGCUCUGUCAAAAAACACACACAACAGAGAAAACACACCUUAAUCAUAUAAUAUUCCAUUUACGCUUACAGAUCCCACUUAACGCUGCACACUGUACCUUUAAGAAGGUCAACUAGGACAUUUGAGGUGCUUUUAUUUUUUUUUAAAUUGUGUUUUAUAGAGAAUUAACAAUUCCUAUCCGUGAUGUUUUCCCCAUAAUGAGCACUACGGGAUGCUUCUGCAUGGCUACGUUCAUCCUGAUGACGUCACUCCAGUCCACCAAGAGUUAAUGUACUUGAGGACAAUCUGCAAAAAGAUCUCACAGCUUCCUCUCCAGCGCCGUACAUUUGCAAGAUCUGUAUUUUUCUACACUUUGUUUGCCGAGCCGCCGAUUUUUGUUUACAUCUUGUGUCAAACUUUGUUGCUCUCACCUCUCGGGGGUCAAGGGUCGACUCGUGGAGCUGCACCGGGGCCCCCGAGAUCACGCCGUAUCAUAGGGAAUGUGCCGAGUCGUAUUUCUUUAAUCCUAAUUAUCUUAUCCCUUAUGCAUGGCUCUUUUUACUGACUUAAAAAAAAAAAGUCAAGAAUAUUAAUAAUCGUCGGUUUUAGGCCUCUACUUUCGGCGAAGGGAAUCUAUUACGCGAGCCGGAUGGAUAUGAUGUGAGCAUGCGGUGUGAAAUGUGAUAGAUGUUGUCUGCCUGCCUGAUUUCUGUUCAACUCACAAGGGAGCAAAGUGUUUAUUUUGUAUUAUUCCAAAAAUAACGUGUCAUUUUUGGGGAGGGAAAAAGGAUCCACAUGUGAAGUGUUAUGAUGGUCUCGUCACACAAAGUGUUUUUGGUUCUGGCGAUUGUGUUUUUUUGGUAAAUUGAGAAAUUAAUUUCCCCAAAAAUAAAGUCAGAGCCCAAACAGUCGGACAGCGUUCAUGUCUCAAUGCGGCCGUAAAAUUACGCAAUGUUUACAAUGGUACAUUCAGGGGGCCCUGGGAUUGUCGCAUCUCUGUAAAACGCCAAUACUUUGCCAAUAAACAUGGUGGAUUUCACAAGUAUCUGAA